AUGCUGAAAUUUUAUUUAACUAAAGCUUCCACGAUGGUGCGAAGCGUGACCCACGGCAAAGGUUUUCUUCCUGCUGCGUGGUGGUGCGCUUUGACUUCAAACAUCUCCAACUCAUGUAUGGCAGAGCUGGCGAAUCUGGUGCAGCGGCUGGAGUUGGCCGUCGGCCGUCUGGAAGCCAUGUCUGGACCCGUCGGUGCUUGUAACCAAGCGCCUGUCGCCACCGGAGCCGUGUCAGCUUACGUAGAGGCCUUUGACGGGAUCGUCAAUGGACCUUUGACGGAAUACUACAACAUCAGCAAGAAGAUAGGGGGCGAUGUACAGAAACACGCAGACAUGAUGAAGGAAGCCUUCGCCAAACAGAGACAAGUCCUUCUCAUGGCCUCUGGCGCACAGAAGCCCUCAGAUGCUGUUUUGGGCCUCCUCCUGAAGCCCAUUUCCGACAGCAUCCAAGAAGUGCAGGAAUGGCGUGAGAAGAAACGCUCAUCCCCGCAUUUCAAUCACCUCUCCGCCGUUAGCGAGAGCGUGCCCGCGCUCGGAUGGGUGGCCUUGAGCCCUAAACCCGGCCCGUAUGUCAAAGAAAUGCGUGAUGCCGCCGUUUUCUACACCAACCGGGUACUCAAAGAGUACAAGGACAAGGACAAGACACACGUGGAUUGGGUGCACGCCUAUUUGUCUAUCUGGACCACAUUGAUGGAUUAUAUUAAGGAACACCACACUACCGGUUUGUCCUGGAGCAAGACGGGGCCAGUGGCUUCGGCGCUGCCAUCCAGCGGAGCUGCUCCCAAAGCGGCCGGCGGGUGCCCUCCCCCGCCCCCUCCCGGCCCGCCACCGCCUCCCGCGGACCUCGGUGGUCCAUCGGUGCACGGCGACAGUGAUGCCCACAAUCGGACCGCCUUGUUUGAGUCUAUUAACAAGGGGGCUGACAUCACCAGGGGUCUGAGGCACGUGAAGGACGACGAAAAAACCCACAAGAACCCCAACCUCAGAGGCCAAAGCGCUCCGGUGCGUACCGGACCCAAACCCUUCACUUGCCCUUCCCCCCGACCCGGCACCUCGGCGGCCCCGUGCGCCAGGGCCGCCCCCAUUUUGGAGCUCGAGGGCAAGAAAUGGAAAGUGGAGAACCAAGAAGGCGAGCCGAACCUGCUGAUCAGCGACACGGAGCUCAAGCAAGUGGUGUACGCUUACAAGUGUAACAACAGCACUCUGCAGGUCAAAGGCAAAAUCAACUCUAUCACUAUUGACAACUGUAAGAAAAUGGGACUGGUGUUUGACGACGUUGUCGGUAUCGUCGACGUCAUCAACUGCAAGGACGUCAGAGUGCAGGUCAUCGGCAGAGUUCCCACCAUCUCCAUCAACAAGACGGACGGUUGCCAUGUCUACCUGAGCAAAGACUCUCUGAAUUGCGAGAUCAUUAGCGCCAAGAGCUCCGAGAUGAACAUCCUGGUGCCCAACAAGGAGGGCGAAUUUACGGAGCACCCGGUUCCCGAGCAGUACAAGACUGUGUGGGACGGCACCAAACUGGUCACCACGACCACGGAGAUGGCCCAAUCGCAGCUUCUGCUGUUCCUUCCCACAGCCAAUGAGGACCGCUCGCUCUUAUCGGAAGCGUUCCUCGAGCCAAUCAAGGUGCACUUUGCCAAUGGCGUCCGAGUAACGCCGUACUAA